GCAACUAAAAUGUCAUUUUUGAUAGUUUCUUUGAAGUGGUGCAGUAAAAUUCCAAAUAUUAAAGAAACGCAACAAUUAAAUCUUAAGAAUUCUUGUUUUAAUUAAAAAUAUAAUUUUAUAAUAAAGUAUUAAUUAUGGUGCAGAAAGUGGAGUUUUUGAACGCUGCAAAACUGCCUUUAAAUAAAUUAUUUUUUUCCGUGAAAUAUGAUGGUGUAAAAACUAAAAUUCCAGCAUUGAGUGAACAUUGGAUUGAAAAACGUUGUUAUACAAAAUAUAAACCGCUACCCAUUGUUGAAGGUAAAAUAGAAGAAGGAACUGCAAUAACAGAAUGGUUAUGUGAGGCUGAUUAUUUCAACAAGGAUUUAGAAUUUUUGCUUAAACUUCCUCAUUUUAAAUUUUGGUCUCAUAUUAUUUAUGAUAAAAAAUGCAUGGAGGCGAUAUUGUCAUUCUUUCAGGAGGCGACACCUUGUUAUAUUAACAUAUGUUCAGCAACCAAAAACAGAAAGGUUUUACCAGCUUAUCUCAACAUUUAUAAUAAUGCGUUCAGAAUCGUAUGUCGAAUAAUCACGAAUAAGGAAUCUGAAGAAGAAUGGAUCACCAAAGAACAUUUACAAGAACUUUUAUAUUCUAAAUUUAUAAUAUCUAUUCCUUUAAUAUUUGAUUUAAUUAUUACCUACGGACGUGUAAAUCGCGAAAUGUUAUCAAGAGUGAUUCAAACUAUUUUCAGAAUUGAACCAAAGUAUUUAAAUGAUUUAAGAUUAAGUCUUCAAUAUUUUCAAACAGCACUAAAAACUAUUCAAAGAAAAACGGAAACGGAAGAAAUUGUCGAUGAAAAUAGUCCGGAUAUUAAUACACUAGAUGAUUUAGCUUUAUACACUUUGGAUUGCGCUUUGACGAUUAGCAUCUUAACAGAGAUCUUACCACAAGCGAAAUCUAUAUGCAAUGAAUUAAAAAUGGAACAAAGCAUAUCAAAAUUUUACGAAAAUGCUAUACCGUUGCUUUAUAAAAAUAUUUAUACGAUUGAUUCAAACUCAAGUAGUUUGCUUUAUUUGAAUAAAGCGAGAAUGGAGUUCUUGAAAACAUUUAAAGUGAUUAUUAAUCUUCAUAUUGAGAAUAUUUUAAAAAACCCAGAGGAAAGUAUCCAACAAGCUGAAAAUUAUAUAUCAACUUUAACAGAAUGUUUAGCUGACAGAACAUUUGUUAUUGAUUUUCAAACUUAUUUCCCAAUAGAACAAGAUAUCGAUAUUCUAAAACAGGCCUGCCCUAACUUAGAUCAUUUUAAAGUUGACUUUAUUUUCAAAGCUUAUACAAGUGAAGGAGAAGCGUUUUUACUAGAUAUGAUUAAAAACGAUAAUCAAAACAGUAAAAUUCUUGAUAAAAAAUCUGUAUCUCCUGAACCAUCUAAGAUUUCUACUAAUGAAAGUACAAAGCAAAAUCACAAUAGAAUCUUUGAAGAAGAAAUAUUAGCAGUUAAGGAAGUAUUUCCGGACUUGGGCGAUGGUUUUAUUAACCGACUUUUAUCUCGCUAUGAUAAUUCAGAACAAGUAAUUGCUGCUAUUUUAGAAGGAAACCUACCUCCUGAUUUAGAAACCGCAGACAGAAAAGAAGUAUUGAUACCUCCAGAUCCGCAAGACACUUUGUUUAUGGAAACUGGAAUUAAAAGAUACAAUGUAUUUGAUGGAGAUCAAUAUGAUAUAAUGACAAAUGAUAAUCCUAAUUGUAUAAUAAAAGCAAAUAAAGGUUUUCCUAAUCAACCAAAAAAUAUGAAACAAUUGUUAGAUGAUAAAAGUCACGUUAAGGCUUUGAAAGAACGCUAUCAACAGUAUGAUCUUAUAUGUGAAGAUAAUGAAUACGACGAUGAGUAUGAUGACAGUUACGAUGCCUUAGCUGACAGCGAAUCAAAAUUGAAUAGGACGAGAAUUGGUAUUGGCAAAGAUUUAUUAGUUGAUGAGCUCGAACCUGAUGAUGGAGAUGAGGAAGAAGAUGAAUCCUCUGAAGAAAAUAAUGAAGGGGAUAAUAAAAAUGACGAAAAGAGAGAUACAAGUAAAGAUUUCUGUGAAAAUCCUGAAGUAAUUAGAGCACGUUAUGAAGCUAAAAGGGCAGCUAAAUAUAAUCGUGGCGGUUUUAGUGGUAACAAAUUUAAUCAAUCAAGAAAUGUUGUUGGAAAUCCUAAAGGUCAAGGCCAAGAUGAAAAAACAUUAAAUAAUAGACAUAAAAAAGAAGUAAAUAAGUCUAGUAGGGCUAAUCAUAAUAGGAAAUCUGGAGCAUCAUGGAAAAGAAAUCGUGGAAUGAUACCUUCAUAAACUUUUAAUUAUUUUGUUUUUUGAAUUGAGUUUACUUGUUAUUGUAACAGCAAUAAAAAUGAAAAGAAAUAUUAAUGAAUAUAAUAUUAACAUAGUACUUGUGUUUUUAAAAUAUAAGUGAAUAAUGCAAUAAAAACUUAAACAAAUAUUUGGUGGUAAUAACUUAAAUUUGAGAAAUAUUCCAUUGAUUAGGUAUAGGGUAAUACUUGCACAUGUUCCAUUUGUUUUUAUGAAAGCUUUAAAAUUGAGAUUUUUUUAUAUUUAACGUCUCAACUUUAAUGCAGUUUUAUUGGCAA